AUGCGGCGCACGCAGAAAGCAACACCGAAAGAGCAACUAGAAGCUCAAAGCGCCCGCCUAAACGGCGUCAAGUGUCUGGCUCCCUUGGACAAAUGGCUGGACACCAUCAUCAUGGGAACUUUCAACUUGCCAGUGAACAUGAUGGGGAACGCAUGGCGAAGUUUUACAAAAUGCUCCUGGCAGCUGAAGAUCAGGAAGCGUGUUUUGACAAAGAUUGAGUCAGGCUGCAAUUAUUUUGAAGAAAAUGUUAAAUCCGCUAAACAGAACGAAAAAGAAGAAGUAAUCCGACGAACUGCGGAAAAACGCCGAAGACAAGCUAAGCGAAAUCGCGCCUUACUGGAUAAGUCUCAAAAUCGACAACUUUCUAAAGAAAUCUUUCGCGCUAAGAGCUGCCCGAUCCACGAAGAUGAGAUCAACUCGGGAAGGUCGACCCCAAAUGGGAUUUACGCCGGCUCCGUUGGAUCGGACAAUGUCUUCCGCUCCGCCGAGGAGCAGGCAGCCUGGUAUAAGCGGCCCAAGUGGGCGAGGUGGAACCCUGAAGAGCCAGAAGACAUUAACGAGGAUCAGUUCUAUACCGCACUCUCACCACAACCCUCGAUUGCUGGCGGCUCGGCUGUUGUACCAGUCAAGGGUGCCACCUUCUUCCACACCUGUCUCGACAAUUACGAGGCACCAAUUCAAGUUUUCUUCGUUGAAGAUGACCUGACCCUCGUAACAUUCAAAAUCGCGCUCAUUCUAAAUCAAGCCGUGUUCCACAUUGUUUUUGUUCGUAAAUGCCCCGUGCUCGCUGAUUACUUGCUAAAGAAGACGAUCGGCCAGACGUAUCUGUCAGAAGACCAGUUCGACUUCAGCGUCAUCUUGCCCAACAAAGAUUUGGAGCAUUUCAACAUCUUGGAGGCGAUUCUCUUCCUCGACUCGCCGCUAGUGAUGAACAGUGCAGUCCGUUCCUUCAUCCUCUUCACCUGCCGCCUUCUCAAUCGACCUCUCAAAUCCACUGCUUUCAUCGCAAUCGCUUUCCAGCUCUUCCUCGCUCUCGCCUCUCCAAUUUUCGGGCUUCCUCAUCCGCUUGGAUCCACAAUUGCAAAAGUCGUCGUCGUUCUGCUCGCUCCCGUAGUGCUCCUUAGUGGCAGCUCCUUUAAAAAAGCCUGUAAAUCUCGAUUGGACGCCUUCAAACAGACAUUUGUCAACUCCUACAAUACCGACGAAAUUGCCUACCCAGAUUUCGACCCUACUCACGCGCAUCAACAAAUCGAAACCAUUUCCAACGCGAAGCUUACUUUCAAGUCCUGCGACUUUGCAUAUGGAGCUGGAACGUUUUUAUUCAUUCCUGUAUCUGCCGCUCUAGACUUUCUUCCCGCCGCCGCAGACUACAGUUAUAUUCCCGUCGUUCUUGGAUCUAGUCUCAUACUGCUCAAAUUCUGCGAUAUUUGUAGACUUUGCUCGACAGGUUAG